CAGGUCUCGCGAGAGUGAUCAUUUUAACCUAAAACAACGAUCUUUCACUCACCUAACCGGUGGUAUUUUUGUGUCUAAACCUAACCAGACCUUAACCACAGCGUUGUCACGUCAUAAAAUAUAAUUAUAUUUUACAACUUGCACAAUGCGUAUAAAUCUCACGAGAGUUUGGCGGAUCUAGGGUAACCAUCUAGACACGACCACUCGAAAGGAGCUCCGAGCAGCAGCCUGCAGCAGGAUAGGGAUGUGAGGACAAAGAUUGAGCCUGAGCGAAAUCAAACGCUGCUCGAAGAUAAGUGGCUAUCGGAUAACACCAAUGUUUACCUCUUCUUCUUAAAUUUUUCGAACCAAUGUCAACGUGGAAAUCGACAUUGUUCUAUUCAACGAGUAGUUUUUCCGAGCUAGCUAUGUAUUAUAGAAAAUAUGACGAGUCCAGUGUUGACUCUCGUCGUAGCUAUGAUGCUCGGGCCUCUUAUAACAAGAUUUGGUUUGUCUAAUCAAUGACUAUGGAUGUCAGAGCAGUACUGGAGUUUGCUACAGUUACCAGAGGGCUCUCACUGUUUUUACAGGCUGUUUUGAAUGCUGCCAUCCCUGACCAUGAUGCUGAUGCAUUCAAGCCUCCACGGACAGAGGAGCCUCUGUACCUGGACUCUGCAGUGGAGUGGUUGUUGGGUGGCCUCUCUCAUUGGGACGCUGAGCAUUUUCUCUUCAUUGCUGAGAGAGGAUACCUCUAUGAGCACAACUUUGCUUUCUUCCCCCUUUUCCCCGUUGUCCUCCGAGGCAUGGCAGAGACACUGCUGUGGCCCCUAAGCAGCUGGCUGAGUGUGCGGGGGCGUCUGCUGGUGGCCGUUGCUCUGGGUAACACUGCCCUCUUCCUGCUGAGCGUGGUCGCCUUGCAUGCACUCAGUAGAAGCGUUCUGCAGGACAGGCGUCUCGCACUGCUCUCUAGCCUGCUCUACUGUGUCACACCUGCAAAUGUUUUCAUGACUGCUGGAUACUCCGAGAGCCUGUUUGCCGCACUCACUUUCGGUGGCCUGUUCCUCCUGGAGAAGGGGUUCACCUUCCGAGCCUGCCUGGCCCUCAGUAUAGCCACUGCAGCACGAUCUAAUGGACUUGUUAACAUAGGAUUUCUGUUGUAUCUUCCAUCACUCCAUGCCAUUUCCCAGAUUCGUGUGUAUCGCACAACAACAAAAGGCCACAACAAAGUCUUCCACUACAUCUGGGCUAUCAUUCGUCUCCUGCUCACCUCUCUCCUGGGAACUGCAAUUAUUGCACUUCCCUUCUGUGCUUUCCAGUACUAUGGGUAUAGGACGUUUUGUACACCAUCAGUCUCCUUAGAGCGGAUUCACCCUGAGCUUCUAUCGCUGGGUGAACGGAAGGGCUACCGGGUCCCUGAUGAAAAUGGUCCGCCACCCCUUUGGUGCAUGAGACCCCUCCCCCUGCUUUAUUCUCACAUCCAGGAUGUGUACUGGGAUGUGGGCUUCCUCCGUUACUUUGAGCUGAGGCAGAUACCAAACUUUAUUCUUGCUCUACCGAUGGCUACUCUUGGCGUAAUGGCAGCUUAUGCGUAUUUCCAAGCAAAUCCAGAACUGUGUCUAAGACUUGGACUUUGGGAGACAGGUGUACAUAAAGGACAUGACAAACCCAUACCAGGAUUCUUCAACCCCAGAGUCUUUGUAUAUAUUGUACAUUCAACAGUACUCCUGGUCUUUGGGACCUUGUGCAUGCAUGUGCAGGUUCUAACCAGAUUCAUGGCCUCCUCGUCUCCUGUGCCCUUUUGGAUAAGUGCUCAUCUACUCCUCCUCAACGAGCCUCUUCUUCAUCGAAGAAAAACAUCAACGCCCAACAUACAGCUGCAGACACAUUUCAGAAAUGGAUGCAAGCACACGCCUCAAAACCCCAUCAUCGCACUGCUGCCACACUUUAAAACCUGCUCUCCCACUACACAGAGUAUCCUGGGAUACUUCCUCUCUUACUGGGUGCUGGGCCUUGCACUGCAUUGUAACUUCUUACCAUGGACUUGAAUUGAGACAUUACUCUUGAGCUUUAAAUGCAUAUUUUCUAUGUAGAGCUGGGCCGUAUACUUUAUUCCAAAUCCACAUACAUGUGUUUUUACAGUUACAGCAUCAACAGUUUUUUUUUGUCAAUACAAAGACUAGUAAAUCUUGUGUUGCAAUAGCUUAAAAGGAAUCUGUCAAGAAAAUAAUAGUAUAUGUAGAUACCACCAUUUGUCACUUUUAUUUUUAAAUAAAAGAAAAAAAAAAUCAUACUUUUAUGCGGGGAAAACAAAUCUAAAGCCAAGUAAAGUAUGAAAAGCUGUGCCUCAUAUUAUUUUCAUAUUGUCCAGUCCUAUAUAGAACAUUACAUUUUUGAGCAGAUUUAUUCAUGCAAUAGUCAAGAAAUUUUGUUUGCACAUCUUAGUUAAAUGUCUUUGUAAUUGUUUGAGAACAAACUUGUGUAUAAUACUACUGAAACUUGAUUGUUUACUGUAUGGUUGUAAAUCUUGGGAAGAACUGUGGUUGUACUGGGAAAAAAUAUAUUUUUAUUUCUUGCAGAGUUCCUGCUGGAGAAUUGAAAUUUUAAUGAUUCUGUUUAAUUCUGCACUGCAUGUUUGGAAUAAUAAUUCCAGGUUUUAUGUCAGGACUUUUGGAUGUGAAUGAAAAAAUAAAGUUGUCAGUCCCUCAA